AAACGUUGAUUUACUUUCUUGGACAAACAAAUAGCGGCAAUAUAAAUGCACGUUGGAAUUACGAGCAGUUGCUUUUCAAACCAAUAUAUAACUCGUGAUUCUAUUAAACUCAUGUUUCAAAACAAGCUGAAUGAGUUCUUUCAAGUGUCUGUGAAGUCCGGUCGAACAACAUCACUGUGAUUGCCAAUAAUUAAAUCGUAGAAUUAAUUUAUUCUGAUUAACAUUUCCACUAUCACGAGUUAUGAUUAAAAAGUUGAAAACUAUUGCGAUUAGACUUGGAAUAAAGCGUCCUCCUCAACCUUCACAAAGAUUCAUCCCAGUAGGCCCAGUCUCCAAAGAGCUCUUUCCAGUUGAAGGAUAUCCCUUGAGGAAACUUUAUGGUAGGAAUAAAGUCACAACCACAAAAUACACGUGGUAUGGUUUCUUUUUUCAAAAUCUUGGGGAGCAAGCUCAGAGGAUUGCGAACUUUUAUUUCAUCAGUCUUGCUAUAAUUCAGUUGUUUACAGAUUCACCAGUAUCUCCAACUACAUCGAUAAUUCCAUUAUUUUUUGUGCUCUCAGUGACUAUGAUCAAACAAGGCUACGAAGACUUCCUGAGACUUAAGGCGGAUAGAGAGAUAAACCAUAUUCCUAUUGAGAUAGUUACUGAGAAUGGUCACUUAACGACAGUAAAAUCUAUGGAACUUGAAGUUGGGAACAUAAUCUUAUGCAGAAAUAACUCCUCAUUUCCUUGUGAUAUGAUUUUGUUAAGUUCAAGCGAACCCAGUGGAGAGUGUUUCGUUACAACUGCAAGUUUAGAUGGUGAGACAAACUUGAAAAAGUUCGAAGUGGCUGGUCAUACAAAUAAAUUUGAUACACCUGAAUCACUUGCUUCGGAGCUAAUAGGUUACAUAUGUUGUCAACAACCGGUAGAAGAUCUAUAUACCUUUAGUGGCCGUAUUUGCCUAAAAAACUCAGUUGAAGAUACGAUUACCAAGGAUUAUCCGCUUGGACCUAAAAAUUUACUACUGAGAGGAGCGUGUCUUCGUAAUACUGAUUAUAUAUAUGGUUGUGCUGUCUACACGGGCCGUGAUACAAAACUGGCCCUUAAUUCAAAGGGAAAAACCACAAAAUUUUCACAAGUUGAAGGAAGGCUGAACUUCUACCUCUUUUUUAUUUUGGCGUUUCUGGCUUUCAGUGUGAUCGUCUCCAUUAUUCUGAGCUCAGUCCUAGGUCAUCCUAACGUCUGGUACCUUCCACCAGAAAAGAGAAACGCUUGGAAUGUAUUUCAAGAACUUUUAGGAUUCGUUGUUCUAUACAAUUAUAUAAUCCCAAUCUCUUUGUAUGUUACAAUAGAAAUGCAAAAAUUUAUUGGUUCUUUAUUUUUUGAAUGGGAUUUAAACUUAUAUGACGAGAGGAUAAAUGAAAGAGCUAAAGCUAACACUUCAGAUCUAAUUGAAGAAAUGGGUCAGGUUGAAUAUCUCUUCACUGACAAAACUGGUACAUUAACAGAAAAUUCAAUGCAAUUUCGUCGAUUAGCUACAUCUAUGGGUGUUUUUCACUUUGAAAAUAAUGGUUUAUUUCGUUAUACAGAUUCACCUUCAAGUAUAUAUGGUACUGAUAUAGAAGCUUUUAGAACUUCAAUUAGUCAAGAGAAUCAAGAAGAAUUAGAUGAAUUAUCAGAAGCUGUACAUUUAAAAACAAUAACUGAAUCCUCUAGUCAAUCACCUACAGUAAAUAGUGUACAAACAUUAUUACUUUUACUUUCAUUAUGUCAUACUGUACGAGUUGAAAGAAAUAUACCAAUGGAUUUAUUUUCAAAGAAAGAAUUCAAUAAUUUAGAUAAUGAUAAAACACCACGUCGUAGUAGUAGUGCACUGAGACGAGCAUCAGCAGCGCAUGCAGCAAGUAUAGCAUUUCGUGCAUCUAGAAGAGGACGUAAAGUGAAGACACAAGAUUAUGAAUAUCAAGCUUCAUCUCCUGAUGAAAAAGCAUUUGUGGAAACAUGUCGUGAUUUAGGCGUAGUAUAUCAUGGUUCAGAUGAAAGUGGUUUACUGGUAAUUACAAUUCAAGGUGAAGCAGUAAGAUAUCGUUUAUUAGAUGUACUUGAAUUUGAUGCAACACGAAAAUGUAUGUCAGUAGUUGUACAAUUUGUACCAAAAGAGAAUAAUGAAUCUGAAUCAUUAAAUUCUCCAGUUCUCGUUUUGUGCAAAGGAGCUGAAUCAAGUCUUUUGAGUCGAAUUGAUCAUAUGGAACAACCUAACACAUUCAAUGCAUAUGGAGAUCCUUUAGGUGAUAGUUUCUGUGGAACAGCUGGAUUAAAAUUACGAAUGGAUUCUGAACAAGUUAUGAAACAAGUGACUGAAUUUGCAACUUUAGGUUUACGUACAUUAGUUAUGGGUAUACGAUUAAUCACUAUUAAAAAAUGGAAUGAAUUAAAAACUAAACUUGAUAAAGCAAGAAGUAUAGUGAAUGAAGGACGUCAAAAAGAAUUAAUUACAGCUUAUAAUGAAAUUGAAAAAAAGCUUACAUUAAUUGGAUGCACUGGUAUAGAGGAUAUGCUUCAAGAUGGUGUUCCUGAAACUAUAAAAGCACUUCGAGAAGCUGGAAUUAAAAUAUGGGUACUUACAGGUGAUAAAGAAGAGACAGCUGUUAAUAUUAGUUAUGCAGCUGGACAUUUUUAUCCUGGUAUGCAAGAAAUUCGUGUUACCAAUUUUGAUGAUACAGUGAAAUGUGGAAGUUUUUUAAAAAGUCAAAUUGAACGUAUCAAAGAAUCGAAAAUUUAUGAUGCUGAUACACAAUUCGGAGUUGUUAUAGACGGUCAAUCAUUAAACUAUGCUCUUGUGGAACCAAUAAGAUCAUUACUUACACAAUGUUGUCUAGAAUCAUCCACUGUAUUAUGUUGUCGUUCAACACCAUUACAAAAAGCUGAAGUUAUACGUUUAAUUAAAGAAAGUCGUAAAACAAUACCAAUUACAGCUGCUAUUGGUGAUGGUGCAAAUGAUGUAUCUAUGAUAUUAGAAGCACAUAUUGGUUUUGGUAUUUAUGGUAAAGAAGGUCGACAAGCAGUACGUGCAUCCGAUUAUGCAUUUGGACGUUUUCAUUAUUUAAAAAAUGUAUUACUUGUACAUGGACAUUUAUAUUAUCAACGUGUAUCAUUAUUAGUAUUAUAUUUUUUUUAUAAAAAUUUAAUAUUUACAUUACCACAAAUGUUAUAUGGUUUCUAUUGUGUUUAUUCACAACAAUCUAUAUAUCCACAAUUUAUUUAAUUUUAUUUAAUUUAAUUAUGACAUCAUUACCAAUAUUUUUAUAUGGAAUUUUUGAAAUCUCUAUACCGAAAUCAAUUUUAUUAGAAUUUCCUAUUUUAUAUCAAAAUAUAGCUAGAAAUUAUAUUUUAUCUAAGAAACAUUUUCUUAUAUGGAUUAGUUUAGCUUGUUGGCAUGCAUUUAUUAUAUUUUUUGGUACAUAUUUUUUAAGUUUUCAAGGUCAAGCAAAUGAUUAUGGUUACUCAAAAUUAAGUAAUCUUAUAUGUUUUGGUAAUUUUAUUAUUUUGAUAAUAUUUCUUGUUGUAAAUAUUAAAGUACUACUGAUAAGUUACUACUUAAAUUGGAUUAUAUUAUUAAUAUGGAAUUUAGCAAUUAUUAUAAAUAUUUCAAUCUUUUUAAUAUGUAAUGAUGUAUUAUUUCCUACAGAACUUGGUAAACAAUUAUAUGGUACAUAUACAAUUAUCUUUACUGGGUCUGGUUGUGGUUUAAUAUGGUUUAGUAUAUUUUGUAUAACAUUAUUAGCAUUAAUACCUGAUUUAAUUAUACGUACUAUUGAUGAUCAAAAUUGGCAAUGGAAAUUAAAUCAUUUAAGAGAGGAAUUAAAAAAGAAACAACGAGAAUCGAAAAUGCAUACAAGAACAUCAAUUCGAGUAUCAAUUAUGUCAAAACAAUAUGAUGAAUUAGAUGAUAUUGAAGAAAAAGAUGAAAAUAUCUAUGAUUAUACAAACCAAAUUGUUGAUGAAUUACAAAGCCAUCAAAUAGAUGAUAAAUCAAUGUAUUCAUUACCAAAUAAUACAUUAACUAAUAAACCAUCCAUGACAUAUAAUGAUGAUGAUGAUGAUAAACCAACUAACAUUUUAAAUGUUUAUGAUGCAGUUUCAUCGGAUACAAACACAUUGACAACAACUAAUCCAAACCAUAUUAAUACUCCUACUAUACCAACAAUUUAUAAUAAUAAUAAUAAUAACAAUAAUACAAUUCAUAAUUCUAAAAGAUAUUCUUUAACAAAUCAUGUCACUAUGCCUAAUCCUAUACAAAUUAAUUCGAAUGCAUUAAGUGUACCUAGGUUAUAUGAAAAUAAUGUUGACACUUUAAAUGAUAAUAAUCUUUUGACAAGAUUUUAAUUUUCCUUUUUUUCUUUCUUUUUCUUUUUUUUGAGAAAUUUUUCUUUUAUGUUAUUUUCAAAGUUUUUCUUCUUAUUCUUAUGUCAAUUGAAGUACAUUAAAUUGUGAUAAAAAAUGCAUUUUUAUUUUACAUGUUAUAAUAGUACUAACAACAAACUUGUUUUAUUUUUUAAUUAUCCUCUCAGAUUAUUGUUAUUACUAAUGACAAUUAUUAUUAUUAUUAUUAUUAUCAUUAUUUCUUGUUCAGGGAUCUAAUACAUACACAUAUUACAGACUAAAUAAUGAAUAAUUUGUAAAUCUAAUUCUAUUGUACAAAGAAAACAUACUACUAAUACUACUACUACUACUGCUACUACUACUACGAAUACUGAUACUACUACCACUAAUACUGAUAAUACUACUACUUCUACUACUACUGCUACUAAUUCUACUACUACUACUAUUUUAUUUUAGUAACCAAUAUGAAUUGAAUAAAAUAAUUUAUAUAAUUUAACAUUGUUUAACUAUUCACUCUAAUUCUAUUUCAAGAUUAUAUCCUUAAAACUAGAAUACAGAGAGUAAGCGAGUGCGCGCGCAAGACAAAAAGAGACAUGUUGAAUCGUCUUCUUUUUUUUUUAAAAAAAAGCUCAAUUGUUUCCCAUUUCAAUAUACAGAUCUUAUAUAGUAAUCAUCGUGUAUAC